AUGGAUGCUAGAGUCCUGACAGUUUUCGUCACAUUCCUCUUUUGCUCUUCUGGAGUUGUUUUCUCCACUCAGGGGCACAGACAUCACACAGGCCUCGAGGCUAGUUUAGCAUUCAGAAAUCUCUCCACGAGUCAUCGCAGCAGAUACCCUCUGUACAUGAUGCAGCUGUACCGCUCCUUCAGGACGGCUGAUUCCUUGUUGUCAGUACCUGUCAACACCAUCACUACACCGGGCGAAAACCCGCCAGCACACAGUUCUGACUCCGUCCUAAGUCUGAUGGCCAGAGGUUGCCAUCAAGUGGGUGAAAGAUGGACAGUCACAUUUGACAUGUCGUCCGUGUCUACUAGUGACCUUGUCCAGCUGGCAGAACUUCGGAUCAGACUUCCCACUUUCUCUGGCUCUGAGCGUGCCACUGUGGAUUUAUAUCACUCCAGGAAGCAGAGCUGUAACCUGGGCAGCACUUCAUGCCAGGAUGAGCACCUUUUCCUGGGGAGCUUCGGUACAUCACCCAGCAGCACUAAGUCUUCCUGGAAGGUUUUUAAUGUGACUGCUCUGUUAAAAUAUUGGCUGUACCAGGGAGAUAGAGUGCCGAGCCAAGAGGCCUCAGGAGAACCUGACAUGGACCAUGGGAGCGGUGCUGGGGAUGAAGGGAAGAUUACUGAGUCCCUCUUGGAGAAUUUAGGGUCAAGGCAAAGAAAAAUUCACCAUCCAACCACGAACCGGGUCACAAUGGUCAUCUUCUCCAAACAUAACCUGCCACAGGAAGGCCAUACAGCAUACAGUCUCAUUCAUACCGUGGAGAACUCCAAGUAUGUGACCAGGGACAGAGUCAGCAGUGACGGUCAAAGUCGACGCCACAAAAGGAACAGAAUGGAGAGGUUGAGGGUGGCCGACGGAGCUUUACCUACGGCUGCACCAGCAGCAGCAGAGCCGGCCCAGAGGCCUCUGUGUCGGAAGGUGGACAUGUGGGUGGACUUUGACCAGAUCGGAUGGGACGAGUGGAUUGUGCACCCUAAGCGCUACAAUGCAUAUCGCUGUGAGGGAGAGUGUCCUACACCUCUUGAUGAGUCCUUCCGUCCCACCAACCAUGCAUACAUGCAGAGCCUCUUGCGACAUCACCAUCCAGAAAGAGGGUCUUGCCCAUCCUGCGUGCCAACACGCCUCAGCCCGCUCUCCAUGCUGUACUACGAGAACGAUGAUUUGGCCCUGCGGCAUCAUGAGGACAUGAUUGUCGAAGAGUGUGGCUGUCACUAAAGGCCAGCCCAUCGCCGGUUUCACUGCAGUCACAAGAACCACUAGCAACGGAGUUUGAACUUUAAUUCAACUGUUUCUCUACUGUCUUUGUGUAAAUUGAGAGUCCUAGUCAUGGCCUUUUUCAACAAACUACAGGAUAUGACUGUUAACUUUGAAUGAUUUUAUCUCAUCCAUACUGGGUGGUCCACAAUAGUAUAUAUCUUUAAGAAGAAAGCUCCAUUAUGCAAAUGUUAUGU